AUGGAUGAAGGCGACGACUGUGGAGAGCAUCAUCGAUUUUCAAAGGUAUACAUAAAAUGUGGCGAAAUAAAUAAACUUGUUUCGGUUAAUGAGCCUGAAACCUGUUGCUAUGCUGUUAUCUUUGAAACUCCUUUAAUUUGCUACAAUGACGCGAUGUUAGUCUAUCCGUACCUCAGUCAUUCUUUGCAAAGUAGGCUGGACCGAUUAGAUGUUCAAGUACUGAGUGCAGAGGUGACAGAAAAGGGGAGGGAAAAGUGGAGAAAUGAUAUAUUUGUUGAAGCCGGAUUUAUUUUAGAUGUGGAAUCAACCGUACUUCGAUCAGUUUCAGAUAAUUUACCGUCUAUUGAUAAAGAGCCGAAUGAAGAUAGUGAGAAACUAGUAAACUCGAUACCUGAAGAUGACAAAAGAAAAGAUGUAUUGGCGAAUAAUGAAGAAAAACAGGAUGGUCUUAGUUGUUGCACGGAAAUUGAGAAACUUCGCAAAGUUGUUUACGUUUUGGCAGAUAAGGAAUGGUUGAAGAUGUGUAAAAACGACUCUGAUUGUCUUUACAACAAAACAAUGCAUCUAAGUUCACUUGAUAACGAUAAAACAUAG